CAAAAUGUAUGUUCAUUCAAGUUUUUCCCUCUUGGAUAUUGAGAUGAAAGAUGUAUGCAUCUCAAUUAAAACUUAUUGCUUCGAACAACUAAUUAGCUUAAUUAAUCUACUCUUUAAUACCUAGCUAGUUUUUUAACGUAUAGCACACCCGGUUCACCGGAGCUUAGCUACGACUACAUCCGGAUUCGACCCGUGUCGCACACCUUGCUUAUGGUGGGAUUUUUGGUAGAUGCAGCGCCAUACGAUCAUACCGCUGUUACUGAUUGUGUGGCAGAUCCUCUAAAGCCUCAAUAUACGGGAGGAAUAGUAGUGAAUCCAGAAAUAAACGAUGGUUUAAAAGGAUGGACAACUCAUGGAGGGGUCAAACUUGAGACUAGAACGUCACUUAAAGGAAAUAAUUUCAUUGUGGCUCAUAGUAGAAGGCACCUCUAUAGCAGUGUAUCCCAAAAGGUCUUUUUAGACAAGGAUAAACUUUACACAUUUUCCGCUUGGAUACAAAUAAAGGGGAAGAAAAAUACACCAGUUACUGCAAUGUUCAAGACUAAUGAAGGGUUCAAGCCAGCUGGUUCGGUUGAGGCCCAAGAAGGAUGUUGGUCCAUGCUUAAGGGUGGCAUCACAGUUGACUCUUCUGGCCCAACUGAGUUUUAUUUUCAGAGCAAUGAUACAUCGGUUGAUAUAUUGGUUGAUAGCGUUUCACUUCAACCAUUCACCCAAGAGGAAUGGAGAUCUCAUCAAGAUCUAAACAUUGAUAAGGAGCGAAAGGCUAAGGUGAGACUCCAAGUUGUAAACUCAUCAGGAAAGCCAGCAUCCUUUGCAAACAUCUCAUUAAUCCAAAAGAAAACAAGCUUUCCUUUUGGAGCUUCAAUCAACCAAAACAUCGUCAAUAAUGCAGCCUACCAAAAAUGGUUCACUUCAAGGUUCACAGUCGCUACAUUUGAGAAUGAGAUGAAGUGGUAUAGUACGGAACACUCUCAAGGCAAGGAAGACUACUCUGUAGCCGAUUCCAUGCUUGCUUUCACAACCAAACAUGGGAUAUCAGUACGUGGUCACAACAUCUUUUGGGAAGACCCAAAGUACCAAAUGGGAUGGGUCAAUAAUUUAUCCCCGAAUGACCUCCGAGUAGCCACCGAUAGAAGACUCAACUCAGUAGUCUCGAGGUACGCAGGAAAGGUGAUAGCAUGGGAUGUUAACAACGAAAACUUACAUUUUAACUACUUCGAAAGCAAGCUUGGUGCAAACAUUACCGAUGUAUUCUUCGAGAAAACACGUCAACUUGAUAAACACGCAACAUUGUUUAUGAAUGAAUACAACACAAUAGAGGAACAAGGGGAUGUAUCAUCUUCCCCAACAAAGUAUAUUCAAAAGCUUAAAGAGAUAUAUAAAUCACUUGCAAUUGGUGGUCCAGUUAAACUUGGAAUUGGUCUUGAGAGUCAUUUUACUGUUCCAAAUAUUCCUUAUAUAAGAUCAACUCUUGACACUCUUGCUUCUACUAAAUUACCUAUUUGGAUCACCGAGCUUGAUGUUCAAACUGGGCCUAACCAGGUAUCAUACUUUGAGCAAAUACUAAGGGAAGUGCAUUCUCAUCCAGCAGUACAAGGAAUAGUGAUAUGGGGACCAUGGUCACCCCAAGGUCAAUGUUAUAGGAUGUGUUUGGUGAACCCAAACUUUCAAAACAUGCCAGCCGGAGAUGUAUUAGACAAGUUGAUGGCUGAAUGGGGCCGCCACGGCAAACCCACCGUUGCAACCACAGACGCCAAUGGUUUCUUAGACGUUUCACUCUUACAUGGUGAUUAUGAUGUUAACUUAUUACAACAACAACAACAACAACAACAACAACAACAACAACAACAACACCAACAACAACAACAACUUAACACAUUGGAUGACCAAACUUCUCCUUCACCUUCAACUUCUCAAAGUUUUAAGGUGGAUGCUCUCUCAUCCGGUCAAACUUUGAAGAUUAAUGCUUAAGAUUCUUUCUAGCUAACAUAAAACCUAUCAAGAUUAUAUUAUUCAUUAAGAUUCUUUUAUAUAUAAUGCUCUACUAGUACUAGUAUUACUUAUUUUAUUUUUAUAAUAAAAAGUUAGAGUAGAGUUUUGAGCUUAGCCCUCUAUCCAGGGCCGGUCCUGACUUUUUUGUGGCCUAUGGGCGAAAUAAAAAAAUUUAGGCCCCUGUAAAGGUAUGUGGACAAAAAAAAUUCUCAUCAAUGUGAUGUACUUUCUUAAUGAAAAAUGUAUGUAAAUAAUAGGCAUUUCACUUCUUAAGACUUAAUACUAUUCUAUUCUAAUUAAAAUAGCCACAAAAAAUUAACUCUAUUAUAAAAUAUGAAGGCUUGAAAACUUUCGAACUUGUGCCAUUAAACAUGAAUUAUGUUCUAAUAUUUCAAAUAUUAAUCAUCAAGGUAAGAUAAGACAAAGUCUACAAUAACUUGACCUCUUUAAAUCUCAAAAUUAGAUGAAAGAAAUAUUUUGAAUAAUUAAAGGAUAACGAAACUUAAAAUUGAAAAUGAUAAUGACGUAGUAACGACCAUUUAGCAAGUCGAUAAUAAUUUGAAGUACAAUAAACUAAAAUUUAGUUAAUUUUCUAAACUCCAAAUUAAAACAAGGAGUGUGAUUAGAUUAACAAAAGAAGAAGAAAACAAGGGAUUGUACAUGCCUCUAUUUUGUAGUGUUCAUUUGGAUUCCAAUGGGUAAUAGAAUAUAUUUAAUUUGCAUAGUUAGUAAAUAGAAAUAACAAAAAUGGAAGAAAAAAAAAUCCAAACAAAAUUAAGGUUGGUAGGUUCGAUCACGGGUGAAUUUAUUAGAAUCCCACGCAUGAAACCACUGUGCUGCAUUGCCAAAGUAUAAACAAAUUAGCAUUUAAUUUUUAUUGAACCCAUUCUUUGAUUAGCUUAAGUGGCAAUGGGCUUUUUCCCCUGGGCCCAGGGCGACGGCCCCUUAUGCCCUGCCCCAGGGCCGGGCCUGCCUCUAUCAUGUUAGUUGUUACAAUCAAACAUUAAAAAAAUGUAGUAUAUUAUUUUUAUAUAUCAAGUCACGUAAGUUAUUUCUUUAUUGUUUAUUCUUAUACGUAGUAGUUGUUAAUUCAUUAAUUAUGGUUACUAAAAGCUUUUACAAGCACAUAUGUUUCGAGUUUUUUUUCUACAAAUAAUUGUCCAAUCGCUCGAUUUUGAUUCUUCUAUGUUUCGAUUGAUUUUGUAAUAAUAUAUUGAUCGGGGGUUCAUGUAUGAUAUG